AUGGCCAACGACGGUGGCGGCAGUCCUCAUGAUCUGGUCGUGCAGACCUGGAUCAUGUACAGCAUUGCUAUUCUGCUGUUCCUGGUGAGACUGUUUGCCCGCUACAAGCGACUCGGAUUUCGAUUCCAGGUCGAAGAUUACCUUAUGGUGGUCGCUGUGGGAUUCUACACGGCAUUCGCAGUUACCAACAUUGAAAUCAUCGAAGGAGGAGGUAGCAAUUUGUAUGAACCUGCGAGUUUGUACUACAGUUUCUCAGCCUCCGAGAUUGCUGCAAGAGUCAAAGGUUCCAAGAUCGAGUUCGCUUCGGAGAAUUGCCAGCUCUGCACCAUCUAUUCUCUCAAGGCUUGCAUGCUGUUGGUACACUUCCGACUAACGUCGAACUUAUGGCAGCACCGCCUGGUUAAAAUCAUCGCCGGAUACACCCUUAUCGGCUGGAUCGCCACGGAGCUGGUGCUGUUCCUGAACUGUCGCCCCCUGUCCGGAUAUUGGACGCUCCCGCCACCUCAUAAGGAGUGCAGCACCUACUUUCGCUAUGAAGUGGUACAAUGCGUCUUCAACAUCAGUUCCGAUAUUUUCAUUCUCUGCGUCAUACUACCGAUGUUCAUCCGCGCAAAAAUGCCCUGGAAGACCAAGUUACCCGUGAUCGUGGUCUUCUCCAUGGCUAUUGUGGUGAUCGCCUGUGCCAUCAUUUCCAAAUACUUCACAUUCCACAAUAUCUACGACGAUAGCUACCAAUUCUGGUACCUCCGGGAGGCAUCGAUCGGCAUGUACGUGGCGAACUUGCCAUUCGUCUGGAGCCUCGCGAGAUCGACACUCACCUUCCUGCGAACGAGUCAGUACACCAACAAAGGCCGAUACAACGAAGCCCAAUACGGAACCGACCAGGCUUCGAAUGCACGGUGGAAAUCAGGGGUGCAUUCUCGCUCGACUCGCAACAUGCCUACCAUCUACGAUACUCGAACCGGACGCGCGGACGGAAUAACGCGCACCGAAAGUGAAGAGAACAUAAUUGAAAUGGGUGGGGUGGGACAUGUCACCAACAAAUCGACCGCAUCGACUGGUAGCGACAACACAGAGUGGGCUCAGGCGAAUGGACAUGAUGACUUCAUCAUCAGGAAGACGACGGAAAUUGUCAUUCAGAAGGACUGA